CAUGGCCCUUGUUUUAAGGCCGUUUGACGCGGAUCUGACGGCCAAAAAGCGCGCAGAUUUUACCGUUAUAUAAACUAGCGCGCGGGAUCCCCGGCCGUCAUUCCAUCCAGAGCUGCAGAGCUGCAAGCUUGAAUCAAAUCUCAGCCGUCUCGCAGCCCAAGAAAUCCUCGCAACCCAACACCAACGACGCCGACGAGGAGGAGGAAGAAGAAGGAGGCGUAAUCUACACACAAAGGCGAGAAAGAUUCUAUUCCAUUCCGCCAGCGCAGCGUCGAUUCCUCCCAAAAUCCCCAGGCGCGCGCCCGCCCGCCGCCAUGGCCGCGCCGCCGGAGGAGCACCGGCAGCAGGAGCAGGAAGACGACGACAGCGACGAGUUCACGUUCCCCACGCCGCCGCCGCAGCUCCUCGCCGGUGGCGCGGGCCGCAAGGACGGCCGCCGCGUGGCGGACUUCCACCACCUGCCCUGCUCGGCGUCCGCGUCCUCCUCCCCGCCCCUCUGGCUGCUCUCCUCCCCGAUCCGCCGCAGCUUCUCAGCCGCCGACUGCGCCGUGUCGCCGUGGCGCGACAGGGUGCUGCUCAGCCGCCAGCGCCGCAACGGCGCGUGCUCCCCCGCGCUCAGCGACUACGCCGGCUUCUGCGUCGACGAAGAGGAGGAAGAGGAGAGGAUGGAUAGCCUCUGGGAGGACCUCAACGACGACGACGCGGCGGCCAGGAAAGAUGACCUGUUCCCGGGCUCCCUCGACAUGUCGCGCCGCCGGUCCGUUGCCGGACAGGACGCCGCCGAGAGGGCGAGGAGGGCGGCCAAGGACCCGCACGAGGCCGCCGCCGCGGUGCUCGGCGCGUCCAGGAGCUCGCGGCGGCGCCCGCCGGGGCUGGUGGUAAUGAUGCGCGCGCUGAGGAGGAUGUUCGUGGCGCACAAGGGCAAGAGCAGGGUGCACAGGGACGAGCAGAGCGCCGCCUCUGCCUCGGCUUCUUCCUGCAGUAACCCUUUCAACAAAGGAUGAGCUUCAGUUUGCAGCACGGAUGCAUUUUUGGGUGAAGAAACUCAGCCUGAUCCUCUAGUAAUGUGUUCGUUUUGUUAAAUACUCUUUGUGCUUCCAUUUCUUGACUGGAUUAAUGUUCCGGCCAUGGUGAUCAUCACAGUUUUGUGACAAACAUAGAUAUUAAUCUGCAUCCUUGUGUAUAGCUCUAUCUGUUUCUUUUGUUGUUACAGAAGAAUUGAUGUUCUAAUUAGACUGUACAUGUUACAUGGAUACAUAGUUGGAAAUCGCCGAGGUUGUUCU